AUGUCGCAUCAAUAUUUGAGUCAUGACCACGGGAGUCAUCUUGAUCACUCCCAACAACAAAACCAACGAGAACAACAACAAAGAUUGCAACAAGUUGACUAUCCAAAACCUCGUAAGUUUAUCAAUCAUUUUCAUAGUUUAUAUCAGAGCUGCACACAAAUUGCGAUACUUGUAAAGUCAAAAAUAAAAAAAAUAGCAUUUUUUCAGUUCAGAAACUGGGAUUUUCAUUGAAUUUUUUUCAUUGAAUUCUACCUUUUUAAAAAAAGGUAGAAUUUUGAAAAAAAAAAGUUUUGAUAUAUUUUUUUUCGAAAUCUUCAUCAAAAUUCAAAAAUUUUAAUAUGCAGCGCCUUGAGUUGAUUUCGAAAUAUUUCUACAUAACUUGACACUUCAACCUAUUUUUGUCAAGGUGAUGAAAUAUGUAUUGCACAGGACAACAACUCUUGAGAUUCAUAGGUAAAUACUUUUUUUUUCUUAGCGUAAAAGUAUAGAGUUUGAACAGAUGCAUCAUUAGUUAUCACAGAAAAAAAAGAGAGAAAAAUGUUUUUUUUUGUUUUACAAACAAACAUGGGGGUGCAGAUUGUGAAAACCUCUUCCGCUCGCGGUCGAGUUUUGAGCUCAAAAUUGUUAUAUUGCUCAUGUUAUGUCUUCCUUUCAGAAGAAUUGAUCAAUUACUUGAUGAAAUAAUGGACACAAUUGAAUAUUUACAAUUUGAGCCGAAAGUUGAGGAAUAUUUGAGGAAAAUUGAAGAGGGUUAUUGGAAAUAUGACAAAGAUCGAGGAAUGUUUAAAAAUGAAUAUGGAUUGGAAUUGGAGCCGGUUUUGAGUGAUGCUUUUAUGGACAAAUAUCUAAAAUUUGAUGGAGGAUAA